UUUGGAUGUCUUUCAAGAAGCCAGGAGAACUAUUCCUGAAGACUACUUAUAGAAAUUAGAAGAGUGUGCCUUUAUUAUUCAACACACUCUGAACUCUCUUAAGUUCAGACUGUGUUGAAGAAUAAAGGUGGUCAUACCAAAUAUUGACUUUCAAGCUUGUUAGAAUUGCACAAACUCUGUUGUUAUUUCAAUAAAUCGCUGCACCUAUUUCCCAAUUUCCUAGCAAAAUACAAAGAAAUGAAGGUGACUCAAGACUUUUACAUAGUGCUAUAUAUACUGUGUAUUUAUUUGUAGACUUAUGUAUACCCUAUGUGUAUUCUCAAAUUAAAUUUUCCUGCUUUGGAUUUUUUUUCUUUUUUUUUUUGUCAUUAAAAAAUAGCAGUGUGUGCAGGUGAAGAGAGGACAUGCAUGCUCUUAACUAACAGUAGCCAAAAACAACAUGUUACAACACAUUGGCAGCUGAGGUAUUCACUGUUUAUCCAGAACAAACCAGCAAACUCCAUGCUGUAAAUUCCACUGUAUCAAACCAUUUUUCACCAAAAAUACACAACUAAAUCGUUCUGAAGCCAAACUAUAAAAAGAGUGUUUUUAAAUAAUUUCUAUUUUAUUACACAACCAAAACACCCUCUUAGCUGCAAGAUUUGUGACGUUUGUUUAUCAUCUUUUAGGUUCAUUUUCUGUCUACAUAACUCUUUUUACUCUUUGUGCUGACUACAUAUGUAAAAAGUAUAAUCUCUCUAUUCUUCUUUCCCCCCCAUGCUCUGUUGCAGUCAAAUGACCAGCUCAGUUUGGAGACAAUAAAAAGUGUGGAUGACCUUCUACAGUUCCUAUACCCUGAAUACAGUGUGAUUCAGCAGUGCCUAAAGAAGAGGUCAUGGCACAGCUCUUCAUCCCCCUCUUCAUCAUCUUUAUCCACAUCUUCAAUGAGCCCUUUACUCAACGCUAACAAUCAGGACAUGUGGGUUCCGAUGAGGGAGGAGGCUCUUUACAAAGUUGAUGACACUUGGCGAGUCAUCCUGGAGGAGAUCCAACGAACCUCAUGCCAGCCCAGAGAGGUGUGCAUUGAAGUCGCUAAAGAAUACCCAGAAUCCACCAGUCAAUUCUACCUCCCUCAUUGUGUGGCGCUGCAUCGUUGCAGUGGAUGCUGCAACAACGAAGCUUUUUACUGCACAAAUACAAGUUACGCUCUUGUGAACAAGACGCUGAUGGAACGAUCCCAGUCCAGGUUGGAUUACACUGCUGUCACGGUAACCUUCAUCAACCACACUUCAUGCGAUUGCCUCCCCAAGCGGCCGCUCCGCUCCAUCAUCAGACGAGCAGCAACAGAUCGCCUGUGCUCUCCUCCUGAACGUGCCUGUGCCUCGGGCUUAUGGGAUCCAGCAAACUGUGUGUGCGUCUCUGCAGACACGAUAAACUACCCUGAGAGAGAGGCAGAAGUGCUGGACUCUGGCCUUCUGGCUCUCUGUGGGCCCAAUCGGGUUCUGGAAGAGUCCACAUGUGAAUGCAUCUGUCAAAAUGGACUCACUGAAGCCAGCUGUGAUCCAGGCUGGAAACUGGACCACAACACUUGUGAAUGCCAGUGCGAAGGUCAGGGCGAGGGGAAGUCAUGCCCUGCUGGCCAGAGGUGGGAUGAUGAUCUCUGCGGCUGUGUGUGCGCUGCAGAAUGUCCCGGACACCAGCCUCUGAACCCAGAUACUUGUCUGUGUCAGUGCAGAGAGAGUCAUGAGUCGUGCAUGCGGCAGGGCAAGAAGUUCAACCCAAACACCUGCAGUUGUUACAGGUUGCCAUGCAGAAACCCCAGACGCAUGUGCCAGGAUGGAUUUUACUACAGCCGCCUAGUGUGUCAAUGUAUCCCCAACCACCUGAGGUCUGAGUGGAAUUAAGAAACCAAAGGCAGGAGCAGGACUGCACACCUCCCAUUUAUUGGGCUGUUUAGUCUGGAAACAAAAGGUCAGAAAGGUGAGAAUGUCUCUAGUCAAAAGGGCAGGAAGUGGACCUACAUAUUUACAUGUGAUGACUUACAACAGACUGCAAGUACCACUGCAAGAAGCAGUGUUGCUUCUCUAUCAACAAAAGGAGGAUUAGAGCGCUUCCCUGAU